GUCAGGGUCAAACCUGUCGGGCGGUUCCCUCUCCCGGGGUGUCACUCUCUCGCUCUCUCUGCGGCCGGUAAAGCCUUUCAUUCGGUAACGGGGAUGAUGACAAUGGCUGAGUGUUAGCGCACUAUGGCCGCUCAAAGGAAUUACAAGGCCGAUCCAAGAAGGGGACUACGUGAAGUAAUGUGUAACAAGUCCGGAGCCAAACUGCUCAGCUGUUUAAACCACAAAGGAGGAAUUAAAGCGCGCUUCAGCGGCUGUCUUUACUCAAAGUGUGGAGAAGUUUAGCAACUGUCUCGUGAAACUUUUCUUUUUUUAAAGUUUCCUGUGAGGGGUCUCGCGCUCCGGACAUGGCUCUGUCCCAGUUACAGUGUCUGGACGACAACCACGUGAACCCGCGGACGCACGAGUCCAAACCGGAGUUCCUGUACUGCGAAGACCAGCGGCUCGCGCUGGAGGCUCUCCUCCAGGAUGGUCGCGAGGCGUUUUUUAAGUACUUGGAGACUCGCGGCCUGCGGGGUUUCCUGUCGGACCCGGAGCUGGAAACUCUCACCGGCGCCGUGGAGCCCUAUGACCCGGGAACGGAGCUGUACCCGGAGAAUGCCGAGGUCGACGAGCCCCCGCUGUCCCUUCACUACUGGCCCGAGCUGUCGGACACGUCCAUACCGCACAUGGACCUGGGCUGGCCGGACGGCGACUCUUACCGGGGGGUGACCCGCACUACCAUGUACUCGCAGCCCCCGCUGGAGGGUCAGACGCACAUCAAAGAGAUUGUCCGAAAAAUGAUUGCGCAGGCGCAAAGGGUAAUAGCAGUGGUGAUGGAUGUCUUCACCGAUGUCGACAUCUUCAGAGAUUUGCUAGAUGCUGGUUUCAAGAGGAGGGUUUCUGUCUACAUCCUGUUGGAACAUACAUCGCUACCUCAUUUCCUGUCCAUGUGUCAGAGGGCCAACAUGCACGCAGGACACCUCAAGCACCUUCGUGUACGCUGCAUAGAAGGAGUAGAGUUUCACACCCGUUCCUCCACCAAGGUCAGAGGGCGAAUGGGACACAGAUUCAUGUUCAUUGAUGGAGACAAAGCUGUGUCUGGGUCUUACAGUUUCACUUGGACGUCAUCGCGGCUGGAGAGAAAUCUCAUCACCGUGGUUACAGGCCAAGCAGUGGAUGGCUUUGACAGACUGUUUCGCAUCCUCUACGGGACCUCCAGCUCGGUUGACCUCCGGCAGGUCGCCACGGAACCUGAACCUGAACCGGAGCCCCUCCCACAAGCUGCCGCAGUGGCCCCUCCUUCUGCUGCUAUUGCUAGGAAACUGUACAGUCCCAAAUACGCCCUGGCUUUAGGCAACCCCAGCCCCAGCCCCGCCCCUUCUGCUGAAAACAGCAAUUCCAACAAGACCAAAAGUCAAGAGAACUGCAAGACUCCAGAGGGCCCAGAUACCAAGAAGGGGAGGCGGAGGAGGGCUAGUAAAGAAGCCAUACAGGAGGCUCCUCCCAUCCACCCCGGACUCGUCGAUCUAGAGAAAGCAUGCUUGAUGUCAUACCUGCCCACCUGGCCCGAGCCGGACCCCUCCAGUGAUGUUAUUGGGUUCAUUAACAUUCGGGAUUCCAACAAACCAAAUCAGGUCCAUCUACAGAGAUCUGAGAUGUUUGGAACCAGCCAAGCGAUCAAGUUUAGCAGUCCAUUCAAUAGGCCUAAGGAAACCCUGCCAGAGGUGGCCAAGCCCAGACAGCUGAUGCAGAUGAGUAAACUCAAACCAGCACAAGAUAAAACCAAGGCUGAAGAGUCGGUGGUAGACAGAGCUCAGUCGACACAACUCAAUGCACAGCCUGGUGAGAGCAAAAGUAACGCAGAGGCACCUGAGCAGAAUUCACCUGCACCAGAGUGUGAAUCUGAAAAAGACAUUACGAAGACUCUUAACACCGAGGAUAAAUUACAAUCAAAUACACCCUCCAACCAAGAGACAAGCCACAACACCACACCUCACCUCAAUGCGCACGCACCUCCCAGAUCCAGUAGCAAAGUCCAAACUCCUAACACAAGCACCCCUUCACACAGCACCCAAGGUGUCACCGCAAACAAUCCGAAGCCCGACUCCCUCCCUGGAUCAAAAGCUAAAGAAGCAGAAACUAGUUUGAGUGCACAAACCUUGGACCCGCGUGGUCCCACUGACUCAAACACAGGAGGACACACGCAAACAAAGACAGUGCUGCCACAUACGGAUUCACACACACAGGCUGUUCACACACAGCCACAAAACUCUUCGGAAAUGACCCCUAACGUCCAGACUCCCACCGCCAAUAGACAUGGGUCACCCUCCUCUACCUCCGCCAUGAGCUCUCAGCCCGCCAGUUCCACCUCCCUUUCUGAAAAUCACCACGUCUCCAUUACUACAAGCACACCUACCAGUGCCAGUGCUCCUUUGUCCUCCAUCAGCCCUUCUUCUUCCCUUCCUCCUGUUACCUCUUCUUCUACAACUCCCAAUCCUGCCCUCCCUUCUUCCUCCAAAUCCUCAUCCUUGACCUCAGCUCCUCCCGUCCCAAAACCUCGUACUAUCCAGCUGGUUAUCAAAGACGGCGUCACCAGCGAUGGCCAGAAGCUGCCUGAGUUCAGUGUCGCCAGGAGGCCUGAGACCAGCACAGACGCGCUGGUGGUCCCUAGCGAGCCCGCUGUAGCAACCGUGGCCCAGACAUCGCCGGAAAAAGAGCCAGAACUGCAGAACAACAGUGGGAGCAAAACAGGAGCACAAAAAGAUGCAGAGAACACAGGGAAUAUUGGAGAAGCUCCACAGCAAAAACAGAGUGGGACUUCCCAAGAGACGAAGAAUGAGGAAGCAGUCGGACUACAUGAUGACAAGGCAGGAAUGCAGCUGGUCACUGGAACCAACCUAGAAGCCCAGUCGGAUGUUUUGAUUACCGAUGCAUCAAAGGCAGAGAGUGUGAAUAUUCAAGAAAUAAUUCAGAAAGAUGUUGAGCCCAAGACGUUGACAUCGUUAGACUGCAAAUUAACCCCACAGAUAGACUGUGUAGCCGCAGCACAGGCAGGGACCAAGGGCCCAGAAAGAGCCCCGACAGGCUGCAAGUUUCCCGAAGUGCCAAAUGAAAACAGGAAGAAUGUCACACAAGGCAGAAUGUACCGCGCAACCCCACAUGAACUCCAGAGAAUAUCAUAUUGUGAAUCCACUCCACAUGAUAUAGGUGCAGUAGACGCUGUGGAGUCUUUAAAAGCUCCAACACACACUGUUUCUGCCACACACAACCCACACAUGUCCAAAGACAGUGCUGGUGAUAGCACACACACAUCUGUUGUAGACACACUUGGCCAGCAAGGUAAUCCGAGUUUCACACCAGAACACUGCACAGACGCUAUGCCAGAUACUACAAAACAUAACACACACAGCACCCUUCAGGAGCUAAUCCCUAAAGCACGGGGAAACACGCACACACCUGAAAAACCCCUGCAUUUAGACCUGCGUUCGGCGACGCCUGAGAGGGAAUCGCGGUUUCUCGCAGCUCUCGCACGCACACCAACUCCAGACGGAUUUAUUCCACGCAUGCCCACCCCAGACUCACAAACGCACACACCGGAUCCACGGUCAUACACUCCAGACUUCCGGACACCCACGCCCGACGUUAGCGACGGGUAUGUCUCACCAAGAACGGACUCCGCUCUCUCCACAACCUCAGAGGAGUAUUACGAAUGCAGCGACUCUCCUCUCCACGAGCCCGUGUUUGACCGAGCAGCCUACCGCAACCAUGGGACGACAGAGGAUCAUGGUAGCUUCACACAUACAAAUACUCCUAAUGCGACAAGCGUGGCCACUAGUCCUGCAUACAUAAAUUAUAACACUGCUGCUACAUUAGGCACUACAGACCAGAAUACCUCUAGCAGUGAAACACAGAGUUUGUCUGGGCCUGCUAGCGACUCUUCUUCAUCUUCUUCACUUGAAAAGAAGCUGAAAAGGGGGGAGGAAGAAACCGUAAAUGAAGAAAAUGGGAGAGAAGCGGAUGAAAAAGGGAGGAAAGUGAGUGUGGGAGAGAGGAGGACAGAGGGAGAUUUGCGGGGGACACAAAGGAGAGCCAGCGAGGAAGCAAAAAGAACAGCAGACCAUUUUAACCAAAGUAAAGAUUCAACAGAGACAGUAGAAACGAGCAAGGAGGCCCAACCACAAGCCCCCAAGAGGAAGAGGGUGCUUAACCAAUCAGCAGCAGAGAGACUGGUCGACGGAGGAGUGACUCCAGGAGAGCUAACCAGUGAGGGAGCAGAGCCAAAGCGGUUGUCCACAGGGGACCUUAAACCAAAGACGGUUUCUUCUGAGGGAGAGAGACCAGCAUUAGGACCCAGCAGUGUGGAGAGGAGUGAUAGGCCCCAGUUAACCAAAGACACUGAGGGGCAGAAGCUUUUGCAGACUCCUCCCAGACCUCCACGAGACCAACCAUCCAGACCCCUUCGUUCUCCCUCAGCCAGCCAGCAUUUUGGGCCUCGUCCCUGGGUAAGCCAUCAGCUGAAGCAGGCAGAAAACAAGGCACUCAACAGUAGUUUCCAGGUGUUGGACAACGGCUCGUCUCCUCGCAGACCACCGGCUAGACCCCCUCCUCCAGCGGGAGCAGGUGCUGUUGGGUCCGCAGCUGGGCAGAAGCAGGCCGAAGUCUUGCACAGUCAGCGGAGCCUCCUCUCUCGACAGUCUCUUGCAGUGCAGGGCAGAGCCGGGCAGUCACCGAAUCAACAUUCUUACCCAAAACCCCAGGCCUCAUUUCUCCACACACACCCGAACAUACAGUCACAGCUCCAUCCUGACUCCCACAACCAGACGGUAUCAGCACAGGAGGCGUGCUGCCAGGAAGAAGGAAGGGCUCCUUUUAGCUUCACUUUUAGCAGGCUAUACAGCCUUAAGGGCCUGAAGGACAAGAUGAGUAAGCUGCCAGUACAGAGCAGGAGAGCCAGCACCAGCUCUCCGGUACACGGACGUAAGAGCACAGGCUAGUCUGGUACCGUUACUGUAGCACAUCAAGCCGAAGAAGAGGUUGAAAGUCCAAGAAAACAGCUUUAUAAAAUCGUGACCCAGUGUUUGUGCUGUGAAAGGAACGCCACAUUUCACAUGUCCUGCUAACAAGGCAAAUAUUUGGCUCUGCGCUACCAUUUCCUCCUAGGGUUACUUCUUGCUGACAGUUUUAGUGAAUGUCUGAACUUUGACCCAUGACUUGUGGCGUUGACCUGCUCCUGAUUCGUCUGAUGGAGGAAGCGCCCGCAGUUGUUUUCCACAUGGCAGUUUCAAUAUGAAACCACUUCUGUGCGUCAUGUUGCUCAUUACUGACCAAACAAAGUGUGAUAGGAGUGAAGUGUUUUUUUCUUUUUCUUCUGGCUUCUCAUUUCUAGACACCGUUCUUCUUCUCAACUACUUCCUAUUUACAUUUUUUUUAGUAGCACUGGGAAUUACCUCAGUUAUUACUUUGAUUUCAGAAAGAUUUAAAAUGUGGGACUUGCAGUAAUAUGGUAUCUGUGCUUCCAAUAUGCUGUAUGAGUGGGAUUCAUUCAUCAAAACGCACAUUAGUAGAGUUAAAUAGUUUAAAAUAGGUACUAUCACUACAUGUUUGUGUCAGUCUGUACUGUACUGUGUUUUGUGUGAUCACAGAUGGCUCUACCAACAUGGUGUCACAGAGAUUUACUAUUCUCUGUCACCACUUUAAAUUCUGUGAGCGGACAAAUGAGUAAAUGUUCAAACGGCUGACCUCGUGACAGGUGAACAUAAAUUAAAUAGUUUAUAUUGUGUUUAUAUGAGUUGCGUGGGAGCAUUUGUCACACGUUUGUAUUAUAAUAGGACAGGUUUUUCCUCUUCUGUGCGUUCAAAAAGUGCUUACGAUACGAGCCUGAAUGCUGAAACUGUUGAUGCGGAAUGUUAUAUUAUUGUUUGUUGAUGUCUCAGACCUUCAUUUUGGUUAUUUUGCAUUCUUCCGCUGUGUGCUGUACACAAGGUUAUUGAUUUAUCCUUUGUUUACACUAAAUCCCAUUUACAUCCAAAAUGCUUUUUUGCCUGGAAGACAAAGUCACACCGACUGUGCCCGAACAAAGCAUACGUUAUCUGCAGAGACGAGCACAAACACCGCACAGGACAGGCUUGUUACUCUGAAGAUAAAUACAGAUGUCCUGGGGAUUAUAACAGCAGUGUACAAGAUGUGUAAAAUGGUAAUGUGGAGGACAAAUAAACGUAUCAGUGACAUCAGUGACAUGGCUGAUGGAAAAAACAGAAAAAACAACUGUUUCGCAAAGCUACAAAUGAGAAAAGCUGUAAUCUUGUUAUGGAGACAGACGUGGAAUUUGUACACUUGCUAAAUGUUUGCCUGUGUUUUAACUACUAAACCAGCUUUAUUUGACUGCAGCGAUUCCCCAUAUCACUGUUUGGCUCUGUGAGUUCUUGCGUUUUGUUUGUUUUGGGGUUGGAAGGCAGGUAUUCACAUUUUCACCCAGAGAAAACUAGGAUUAAUAAAUGUUUUAAAACAAAAUAUAGAUUAUGAAUCAUGGAUGGCUACCCUUUGGAGCUGUGAAAGGUCGCUCCGCAUGCCAGCGGAGAUACUUACAACUUGACAUUGUCAAGUAAAAAAGAAAAUGUAAACAUCGGAUGUAUCUAACCGUUUCUUCUCGCUUCAGUUCCGUCAAAAAAGGGAGGUGAGGCACAGUCCCAUGCUGCCUCUGGGGAAGCUUCAGUCGUCUUUUACAGCAUAUUGCAGCUCUGCAGUUAGGUAGUUAGUACCUAUAAUGCAUGUCAGACAAUACAAUCAAGAUGAGCCCAAAGGAGAUUUUAUCAGAUGUUAUCCGAUAUUCAGCACGAAGCACAGAAGCUCCGAGUUGUGCGAGUUGCAUGAAAAUCUCCAGCUGAGGUGUGAGGAUUUAUAGUUUAUUCGCACAUUAAAAGAACUUGUAGCUUUGAUGUGUGAAUUAACGGUCUUGGCCUGUUGAAAGUUUGUUUCUGUGUUGUAAAAACUGAUCGCAUGCCAGCAGAGACAAGUGUUACAUCCAACGCCUGACUGACUCACCUGAAUUUGCAUGUUUAGGUAAGGAGAGGAAGAGAAAUGGAAAGAGAUAUCUCUUUAUUGCAGGGUAGGAUGGCAUGCAAACACACAUGCUGUACAUGCACACACACACACACUAAACUUCACACGCUACUAAUUAAUGCUGAUGUCAGUGUCCAGGGUGAAGGUCCUGCCUUAUCCAACCCAGCCACCUCCUUAAAUGGACUUUCUUGCUCUUUUACACUGUCAGCUGACACGGAUGUGUUACAUUGGCGUUACAUGACAGCCCACUGUGUCUCACACUUAAAGGGUAUCUUGUGCACCCGUACAGAGAUGUCGAGGGGCGUGACAAAACGUCAGUAUUUGACGCCCUGGGAAUGAGAACCUCUCUGAGUGAAAUAGGUAAGGAAGUUGUUGAGAAUAUGGUACAUGUUACAUCUCAUUUGUUCUGACAAAACCAAAACCUGUUUUUGUGUUAAAUGACAAGUUGCCGUUUUAUGGGAUGGCUUCAUGCUGGGCUAUUUCUUGGCUGGAAACUUCGUGGAAUUACUGCAUGUUGCCAGGCAAUAGCUCAGAGCCAAGAAAUACGCCAGCACAUAAUAACCCCAGACAAAUGAACAAAUUGUCCUUUUUUUUAGGUUUUUGUAUAGAUAAAAAAAAAAAAAUCUACCUUUAGACAGACCCAGGCUAGCUGUUUCCCCCUGCUUCCAGUCUUUGUGCUAAGCUAAGCUAACUGUCUGUUAUCACUUCAUAUUUGUCAUACAGACAUGAGAGUGGUAUCAAUCUUCUCCGGUAACUCUUGGUAAGAAAAUUAAUAUGUUUAUUUGUAUAUAUAGUUGUCUAGCUCCUAAGACAUUACACAUUAGACAUUAUAUAGUGACAAAUAGUGGAACAAAACAAAAUUCAUAUAGAAAUGAGAUGAAAUAUGCUUUGUGAAUAGUUUUCUGGGUCACACAUCCAGAUUUAGAAUGAGUCAGACACAGUCAAGCACACACACACAUCACACAAGGAGGAUGCAGAGCAGUGAUUGAGAUGCAGAAAGCAGAGAGAUGGAGAGCGAGAGAGAAACAAACUCCCUCCUUCUUAUCUGAAGUGACUGAGAGGAAAACGACGAGGAAACUGCGAAUAAAGCGAGAGACGGGGAGGUAUGGAGAGACAGAUAUACAUGGAGAUACAUGCAAUGUGCAAAAUAGUCUGUCGACUUCAAGCAUCCACAGUGCGGACAGGCUUAUUCACAAGUUUACAUUUCAACCUUUUUUUUUAUUUUAUUGUAUCCUGAAUGGAGCAGGUUCAUUUGGUGGAAAAGAGGUACUCCUAGUCCACAUUUCUCUUCCUAAUAGUUCCUGUUUGGAAUCACAAUGGCACUGUUUUUCAACCAUUCAUUUUACCUCCGCUUACUAUCUCGCCAUUGCAUAGCUCAUGACUAUACAUGGUUGAUAUUGAAGCAAAAUAUUACAGGAAACGCAAAACUUUUUUCUAUGUUACAUUUUAGCAAUCUCAGUUUUUUUUAGUUAAGUUAAUUUAUUUCAUUAAAAAUUAAGAGAUUACUCCACAUACCUCUAGAGGCAGCUCUCUUACUACCAGUGGUACACCUACCAUAGUUUGUUAACCAGUGUAUUAGUGCAUCGGACAAUACUUAUCUACCCUGUGUGUCUCUUGGUUCCUACUGAGGUUGUAUGGUACAUCUUUUAAAAUUUAUAACAAACAUAUAGUAAGAUUUUCCUUAAAGACUAAAGUAAUUUCCUAAAACAGCUGGACACUAGUUUUAAGCGAAAGCUUCUUUAGACAUAUAUAACAUUUGUUGGGGACUAUUUUUAUUCAUGGAUUAAUACACAUUUGUUGGUGUAGUGUAGCAGAAUGCCUGUGUAU